AUGGGGCAGUUCUCCUUACAGGAGAUGGUCUUGGACAUAGCUAGAAGGCAAGCCAUGAAGAGCUUUAUAGAUGAGUAUUUGAUGGAAGCAGAAGAAGACGGCUCUAAAAAGAUAAUGGGAAUUGAAUUUCAGAAGCUUCCUGCCAAUUACCAUAAUGAAUCCUACACAGAUACAAAAGUUGGAAAUAAAACUAUACAUAGACAUCAAGAAAUUGAUAAGGUAACGGAUAAUAAAACUGGAUCUACUAGCUACUCUGAGACUAUUAUUACAUCAAUACAAGAAGGCAGAAAGAGAAAUCAUGAGUGCAUAAUAGAUGAAGACUGUGAAAUUGGAAAAUACUGUGCAUUCUCUGAUUUGAUGUACAACUGUCACAUUUGCAAACCUCAACACGCAUCCAUUGAAGAUGCCCAGAAAGAGAAACCUGGUCACAGCAGCGAAUCUCUUUGUGAAUCAUCGUUGAACAAGACCCAAAGUGAGGACAAAAACCAAUUACUAGCAGAUGAAUUAUCGCUUCUGGACUUUGUAACCCAAGAUAUUCCUGGUGAAUAUGAAGAGAGACUGAUCAAAGAAGUGCAGAAAGAACUGGAAGAUGAAGUGGCUGAUUCAGGGAAAUUAGCUAUGGCUAGUGACUUUUUUGGAGAGGAAAUAUAAGUCUAGCAAGUUAACUGAUCAUACGUGCACUAUUAUUGGUAUUUCAAGAGUUAUCAUACACACACGGUAUAACUGGACUUCCUCUUUGCUGCAUAGAAAUGCAGUUAACUCCACUGCAUAGAUUCAUGAAAAUAGAUUACUCUUCUAAAGCUCAAGCUAAAUAUAAUGGGUAGAGAUCCCUACAUUUUUACUGUUUUGAGCUGGUUAAGAAUUAGGGUUCAAUUUAAGACUGGUGGUUUGAGUUAUGUAUUUCUGGUAUAUAUAGCUCCUUUUAAAAAAAUCCAGCUAUUUUUUGCUUCUUAAAGUUCAACAAUACUGAAGGAUGCUAUGUACUUUGUGACUAGAACCUACAGGAGAUUGGUGUCUAGUAUAUGCAGAGCAUAUCAGGAGAGUCUGUUUGAAUUAGUUAUAUUGACUACACCUGGUGGAAGUGAUAGUGUAUGAGCUGCAGAACUUGGUUUGGAAUGAACAUUUCCUGAACAUAUGCCUGAAAUAGGCUUUCGAUGAACAGGUACUGCAAUAAAGUUGAAACUCUCCUGUUGGCAAUAGAUGUGUAAAACAUGAGUUCAUGCUGUCUGUAUAUAUGUGUUGUAUAUACACACACAUACGCAAAUAUAAAAAGUGUUCGAGAGUUUUAGGAUGUAUAACUUUUCCACAGUAUUCUCAAAUUUAAGUACAGCCCCAUGAAGGGGGAAAAUGCAAUUACAGUAGUUUCUUUUUUGGGGUGCGUGUGUCUGAAUACUGGAAGGUUAGAGCUCUUGAUUUUCUUUUAAAUAACCAUCUUACUAUACCAUAUAAAUCUGUUUUUAACAUUUUUAGCAGCAUUGUCUAAUCCUUAAGAAUAUAUUGGAGUUCUGGUCAAAAUUUUGUUGGAGUGACAGUUUCAAACAUUGUAGGAAUGAAUGUGCAUACUGGCCUUCUCUACCACAUCUGUCUCUAUUCCCCAACCUUUGGUUGUUAUCUCAAAGGCCUCACUAUGAACUGUUCAUGUUUUCCCUGAAUAUAUAUAUACACAUGAAUUGGAAAAGAAAUUAAUCACAAACUGUUCAAAUCUUGUGCAGCACUGACAUCUGUGCAGAAUAAAUCUUCACAUACUCAAAAUACCUGUGACAUCCUUCCACAAUUGGCUGCAAGUAUUCAUGACAAUUUAAGAUCCACCAGCAAAGAAACAUUUGGAAGUCAAUUCAAAAGGCUUUUCUUCCAUUUACAUAAGAAUUUCUUGCAAAACAAUCCUGUAUUUUGACUAUUACAAUAAAUUUCAAAGUGUGAUUAAAG